CUAGUAAUACAAUUGCAAUUGAGCGCCUCACAAGCACGCAAGAACUACCUUCUGGUGGUCCUCUGCUGCUACCUCGUUUUUUGAGCUGCUUAGUUGGAUCUUCUUCUCCAUCUUCUCCUCGGUUGGUUCACAAGACAUCGAGCUAGCUUGCUACCAGGCAGAAAGGUAGAUGCUAGCAAUGGAGCAUCAGCAGGAGGAGUCGUGUGUUCCGCCGGGGUUCAGGUUCCACCCCACUGAGGAGGAGCUGGUGGGGUACUACCUGGCAAGGAAGGUGGCCGCCCAAAAGAUCGACCUCGACAUCAUCCAGGUGGUUGAUCUCUACAGGAUCGAGCCAUGGGACCUCCAAGAGAAGUGCGGCGGUGGCAGGGGAGGACGAGGAGCGCGUCAGGUGGCAGAGGACGAGCCGUUGUCGUUGGAGUGGUACUUCUUCAGUUUCAAGGACCGCAAGUACCCCAGCGGCACGCGCACCAACCGCGCCACGGCGGCCGGGUUCUGGAAGGCCACCGGCCGCGACAAGCCGGUAACGUCGUCGAGGAGCCGAGGGGUCAUCGGUAUGAGGAAGACGCUGGUGUUCUACAGGGGCCGUGCACCCAACGGUAGGAAGACCGACUGGAUCAUCCACGAGUAUCGCCUCCAGACAAGCGAGCACGCACCGACACAGGAGGAAGGUUGGGUGGUGUGCCGGGCGUUCCAGAAGCCGGCGCCGAACCAGAGGCCGUCCUACAUCUUCCCGGCAUAUGCAGCCGCUCCGGGUCUCGGGGGAUACUUCGACGCUCGGCCAUGGCUGCACGGCCAAGCCGGCGACCUCCAUUACCUGCAAAGCACCACAGGUGCUGCCGGAGCCGGCGGCCUCGGCUUCCCCAACCAGAGCAUCCAGUACUCUGACGAGCUGCUGGAGUCCAAGCAGAGCCUUUUCAACAACAUCCUGCAGCUCAUUGAGAGCCCUCCGACGACCACCACCGUUGCCGGUUACGGCGACGCUGGCUACGACAUCGUCCAGCAGGGAGAGACGGCGGCCGGCAUCGACUGGAACUUCCUGGACAGCCUGCUGUCCACGUCACAGCUCGACGAAUACUCAGCCACUGCCACGUCACAUCUGCACCUAGAGCAGUGAAGUAGAGUUAGCAGACAUACCGUAGCAGCAUCGAUCUCAUUCUAUACAUGAUUUCGUAGUAGAUGAUGUCCAGGACACUUGGUUGACACUUGUACCUAGCUAGACUAGUCUGUUCCACUUACUGAAUCCAUAUGUUUUCCUGUAGACCACUCUGUUCCACUUACUGAAUA